GUAGAGAUAUCUGACAAACUAGUGAUAAAGGUAUUUAUAGAAGAUACUACCAUUGUAGAUCAAAGAGUAGAGAUAUCUGACAAACUAGUGCUCAAGGUAUUUAUAGAAGCUGUUAGCAUUGUAGAUCAUAAAGUAGAGAUAUCUGACAAACCAAUGCUUAAGGUAUAUGUAGAAGCUACUACCAUUGUAGAUCAUAGAGUAGAGAUAUCUGACAAACUAGUGCUUAAGGUAUUUAUAGAAGCUACUACCAUUGUAGAUCAUAGAGUAGAGAUAUCUGACAAACUAGUGCUUAAGGUAUUUAUAGAAGCUACGACUAUUGUAGAUCAUAAAGUAGAGAUAUCUGACAAACUAGUGAUAAAGGUAUAUGUAAAAGCUACUACCAUUGUAGAUCAAAGAGUAGAGAUAUCUGACAAACUAGUGCUCAAGGUAUAUGUAGAAGAUACUACCAUUGUAGAUCGUAGAGUAGAUAUAUCUGAUAAACUAGUGCUUAAGGUUGAGUUGAACAACACGUAUAUUACUCGUGAGUUCCCUCAGUUUACUCUGGAUCGUCAGCUAGGCCCCUUGUUGGAUAGUGUAGCUGCUCUACGCCUCUGUGUCGGAUAUCCAGCUAGUAGACUAGUUCAUCAGACUAGGUUUCUGUUAAACCAUCAAGGAAGAUUAAUCCCUGAGACAAGAAAACUAUUUAGACUUCUUGUUGUGGAUGAAAACUUUACAUACAGGUCAGGAGUACAGGAGGAGCGUGGUACAAUCAGAUCUACUUUAUGCUGCGUAGAGGCUGAAAAUGGUUCGGAUAUAUGCACUGCUUGUCGGGCUCUUCAGCAACCAUUGGAGUUCCAAUAGAUUUAUGCUGCUUAGUUUGCUUAAAACAAAUAAAUGAAUGCGCAAAGCGAAAAUAUCUUAAAA